GGGGAGUGUAAAGUCCAUUUACCCACCUUCUUCCUGCAAUUGAACCUUUGAUUCUCUAUAUUGCCAAUCUAGGGUUUUCUCUUGAAUUUCUCCUUUUCCUCCUCUUCUAUUGAAUCCUUCCCAUUCGCUCACUCUCUUCUACUUUGUCGGGAUGAAGCUUACGGUUAAGACCCUGAAAGGGAGUCACUUCCAAAUUGAGGUUCAGCCUACAGACACCGUUUUGGGUGUAAAGAAGAACAUUGAAGAUGCACAAGGAACAGAUAGUUAUCCUUGUGGUCAGCAACUGUUAAUCCACAAUGGGAAGGUUCUAAAAGAUGAAACAACGCUGUCAGAGAACAAGGUUACUGAAGAUGGUUUUCUGGUUGUCAUGCUUAGUAAGAGUAAAGCACCUGGUUCAACUGGGUCAUCGUCUACUCAGACGACUACCAAUGUACCUACAACUACUCCAACACCAAAUUCUACUUUGAUUCCUGAAGCUCCCGCACAACCAGCAGCCUCGAGGAAUGUUGCUACUUCAGAUGUGCCAACUGCAAAUACUCAAGUUGAUACAUACGGACAAGCUGCUUCAAAUUUAGUUUCUGGAAACAAUCUUGAGCAGACUAUUCAAGAAAUAAUGGAUAUGGGUGGUGGUAACUGGGAUAGAGAAACAGUUACUCGUGCGCUUCGAGCAGCCUAUAAUAAUCCUGAGCGGGCAGUAGAUUAUUUGUACUCCGGUAUUCCAGAAGCUGCAGAAAUUGCAGCCCCUGUGGCCCGUCCUCCGUCUAGCCAACCUAUAGAAACAGGUGGUGUGACUGCUCCUACUUCUGGAGGUCCCAAUUCAUCUCCCUUGAAUAUGUUCCCACAGGAGUCCCUUGCUGCUGCCGCUGCCGCUGCUGGUGGUGGAGGUAGCCUUGGAUCCCUUGAGUUCCUUCGAAACAACCCACAGUUUCAAGCAUUGCGGUCUAUGGUGCAAGCAAAUCCACAAAUAUUACAGGCAAUGCUUCAGGAACUUGGGAAGCAGAAUCCUCAGCUUUUGAGAUUAAUCCAGGAUCAUCAAGCAGAGUUUCUCCAGUUAAUAAAUGAGCCUCUUGAAGGCUUCGAAGGGGAUCUGUUUGAUCAGCCUGAGCAAGACAUGCCUCAUGCUAUCAAUGUCACACCAGCUGAGCAGCAAGCAAUUGAACGACUCGAAGCAUUGGGGUUCGAUAGGGAUCAAGUCAUUGAGGCAUUUUUAGCUUGUGACCGAAACGAGGAAUUGGCUGCCAACUAUCUCUUGGAACAUGGUGGCGAAUUUGAGGAUUAAAUGGUAACGUCGAGCGUGGCGUAAUUAGACAUUUGAAAAGAAAUCCCUAUGGCAGUGAAGAGUGUGUCUUUUGGGCGAAACAACGCAACAGAGUUCUCUAUGAUGAAACCAGUUUCGCUUGUUUAUCUGUUUGGAUGUGUUUGAUAACUUGGUUUAAAGCUUAGAUUUCUAUCACCAAAUUCCCCC